AUGCCGCCUCAUUUGCGCAGCGCGUCAGCACGCGCGAACUCAGCAAACCAAAGUGACGAACCCUCGAGCAAAGGCACAGCCAAGACCCCAAAGCUUACUGCAACGAGGGGGAGCAAGAGAAAGUCCACUGACUCGCAGUCAUCAAGUAGACCUAAGCGAGGAAAGCAGGCUGACGUAUCCGACACCGAGGAACCAGAAGAGAUUCCCGACGAGAAACAUAAACCGCGCCUAACAACGCCAGACUUGGAGUUCGACUAUGAUCAUAGUCAGCUGCGCGAUCCGCGCUCCACGCCCGGACGCGUAAGACGACCGCGAUGGGAAAGUUUCGACAUGCCGGAGGGCUUCAAAGAGCGGUUCUAUGUUCCUAAGCCAGGGAGGCCUAAGGGCCAGACAAAAGCUGCACGAGAGCACAGUCUUGACGAGCAAAAAAGCCUCCUAGACCCUAGCGAACCAUCUCAUGACUUAUAUGUAUGUCAUAAAAAGGGUCGCAAGGGUUCGCCCACAUAUGAUGUUGCCGGCUUCCAGUUGGACUGGGAGAAGGUGGACUCCUGGAUGCACCCACCAGCAUACACUAAGUCGGGAGUAGUAGACAGGAUGGAGAAAGUCAUAAAUAAAAUGGAGCGCGAGGAGCGCGAAAUGUUUAAGAUAUUCUUCGUAGAUGGCAAGCCGCCGGAUGCUGAAUCCACGAUGGUCGUCGAAUAUUUGCAAGACCACGUUUCGAAGGAUCUCGACGUACCCUGGCACCAAAUUGGCCCUAAACAUCUUGUCGAAUGGGAGAAAAGGGGGUUCCCGAAGCAAAAGGCCGGAAAAUGGUGGCGAGAGCCGAAUGAGAUGGAGGAGUGUAGGAUGAUGAAGAUGUCAACCGGUGCUGAUUAUAGGAAAGACCUGUAG